AUGGAUUUCCAACAGAAGCGAUUGAGCGACCUCAACGCACUAUACAUAGAACACGCAGGACAUAUUGACAGUGUUCAAGCUGGUUUGCGCAGAGAACUCCCUUUGCUCGUCCAAGAGUUUGAACUGUCCUUGGACCAAACAGCAGCACAAGACGCAUAUAUAGAGGAUCGAGUCACGAUUUUCCGAUUCCUACGCAAAAACAACUACUCGUUGCCACACACGUUGUCGUUACUCGUGGAUACCAUCAAAUGGCGAAUACGCGAAUCGGUGGACAGCUUAACGUUAUCCAACAUCGACUCACUCUUUUUCGACGAACCGUUUUGUUUCUUUCGGGGCCACGACCGAUGCGGCCGUCCCAUCCUUGUCGUUCAACUCAGCCAUCUUCCCGCCACCUUGAAUAACGAAAACGACAAGAUUGCAUUUUUGUUUCCUUUCACAACGUUUGUCCUGGAAACAGUGCGAAAAAUCACAUGGGAGACUACGCUAGAGCGUAUGAAAGAAGGCAUGGAGAAUCCUGUCUUGACCGACAUUAUUGUGCUUGUUGAUUUCAAGAACGCACGGUCAUUGCCUCGGGAUGCCAAGUUGAUGCAAGCGUUUAUCCAAUUGUUGAGACGCUACCCACUGUCUGCAGGGACAGUGUGCCUGCUCAACUUUGGCUGGAUGUACCAGGGGCUGUGGCAAAUGGUGAAGCUGCUGUUGACAGAGGAAGCCAAGAACCGUGUAUGCUUUCCCAGAGUCAAGGAGCUCUGUGAAUGGAUCGACCAAGAAGAACUACUGUCAGGUAAUGAUGCAGCAUACCUAAAAUGGGAUUUCAAAGAGCUGGGUGUUUUGCUUAUCGAUGACGACAAACUCGAAUCCAAAAAGCCAGUGUCAUGGGAUCUCAGCCAAGACACAGUGUACAACUGCCACACAACGACACCAAUGCCACCAUUAUCUCCUGCCAUCCUCAGCCGACGCAACUCCACCUCCACCAUCUACUACGACACACAUGACUCGCUUUCACGCUCAGCUUCAAGCACCCAUCUCGCCCAUCGUUUCCCAUACCAACGACGACUUUCAACUGCCAGCAGCUGCUACGCCACGCCUGUGGGUGGCAUGACGCCUAUACCCAGCCAUAGCAACCUGGUUGCCCUGGCUACAAAACCACCUCGGAUGCGUUCUGCAUUCAAGUCCUUGUUGGAUCCCAACGACGGUGUAUCCUCUUGGCUUCUGAGCGAAAAGUUAACUGCGCUACAAGAACAGCAAAACGAGGGACAGUCAUCGCUGACACCCAGUGAACGUCGCAACAGUAGCAGUAGUAGUAGUGGGCGUCUUCAUGACCGUCAACGGCGGCGGGACGUGGCUGUGGAAGUUGUGCUCAGUGUGUUGGUCAGGGCAGAGCGUCUGGUGAGGAUGAUGGUAAUACGCAUGCUGAAAAAGGCAGUGCGGUACCGCAACACAGUCUACUGGAUUGCAGCGUGCGUAUUGUUACGAGACGGUGUACAGGAAUUUAUGCAGCAAUUCUUGUCAUUGAUGGGUGAGCUCCUCGUGGAUCGACUCUCGCUCGGAAUCUCGGAUGCAAGUACAGCUGGCAUCCGUAGUAUUUUCAGCCUGACAACAGGUCAUCGCGGCCAGUUGACACUCUAG